AUGGACAGACCCCCUCCCUCCCUCGAGUCGCUCCAGAGGGAGGUCAGUGAACUCGUGACCACAUAUCAUGGCCGAAACUUGACGACCGCAGCAACAGACCUGGAAUCGGCAAUAACGACAGCAAAGAAUCGCGUGCGCGCGCCAGGCGCAGAUUCUGAUGCAACGACAAUAACACUCGAAGAGUUAAGCGCUUGUGUAAAGAAAUGGCUGCAGGCCAGCUCAUGGGGGUUUGCCGAAGACCUAGGCAUUCUAGUGCUGGAUUCCUGCGAGAGCCUGAAGGGAGAGCGAGAUUUUAUGACCAUGACAGCGAUGAACAAUCUCGUUUCGGCAUAUUGGGGCCUCGAACAGCUGGAUAAGGCUGCGGCUCUCGCUGUCCGGGUGACCAACUUGAGACGGAGUAUUCUCGGCGAGGCGCAUCCCCAGACAUUGGCUUCGAUGACGAAUUUAGCUUCCACAUAUCGCAGUCAGGGGCGCUGGAUCGAAGCUCAAGAACUUGAUGCGAGGAUUUUCGAGAUGAAGGAGAGGACUAUCGGUCCCAGCCAUCCAUCCACCUUGGUCUCAAUGUCCAAUUUGGCUACAUCGUAUGCCGGUCUCGGUCGGUUCGCAGAGGCUGAAACAAUUGCGCGCCGACUGGUCGAUCUCGGGGGAAAAGAAUUACCUGCAACCCAUUCAUCACUGUUGAGCUGGAAGCUUACUCUGGCAUCGACUCACCGAGAUCAGGGGAGGCUCGACUCCGCCGAACAGAUAGAACAAGAGAUUGUCGCUGUUAGUCGAGACAUAUUUGGGACAAAUAAUAAAUUCACCCUGACCUCUAUGGCCAACCUUGCAUCUACAUACCGGCUUCAAGGCCGAUGGUCGGAUGCCGAGCGCCUUGAAAGAGAAGUCGUGGCUGUCAGCAAGACCGCGCUCGGCGAAACACACUCCCAAACGCUGAUGUCCAUCAGCAACCUUGCCUCAACAUGUCGCGGUCAAGGCCAGCUCGAAGAAGCCAAAGAUCUCGGGGAGAAAGCAACGGCUUUGAUGAACGAGGUCCUCGGGGAACGUCAUCCAAGCACACUGGCUGCCAUGGCGGAUCUCGCAGCGACAUAUCAUAUGAUGAGGAAAUCACCAGAUGCCGAGAACCUGACAGCCCGGUCUGUGCAUUUGAUGGAAGAGACUUUAGGCAAAACCCAUCCGCACACACUCGACGCGAUGGCCAAUCUGGGCUUUAUAUACCAGUCACAAAGCAAGUGGGACCUCGCCAGUGAAAUAGCCGAAGCGGUCUAUUCUGGCAGGGUGAAGAUAUAUGGAACGGAUCACCCAGAUACCGUGGCGGCGCAGGAGGCUCUGAGGAGGGUAGCAUGGGUAGAAGCAGCAGAUCGGACUACACAGCAUACGUUGGAUCAGCAUGUACUGCGUACGUUGAAUUAG